AUGUUGAGGAUCAGCGUGGCAGUGCUGUCCCAGUUGAUUAAGCUAGAACCAGACCCCAGAUACCUCACAGCGCUGGCAGAGAAAUGGCUUAAACCGGGUCAUAACUAUGGACUGGUGCUGGAGCUGCAGCCACAUCCAGGCCACGCACUGACCACGGACACCUUCACAUCCCACCACCCGGGGGAAGGCUUCCCGGUUACACCCAGCAGCAUGUGUAAGCCCCUCUGCCUAAUAGACCUCAAGGAUGUGGGCUGGUAGGAGUGGAUCCUUGCUCCGCAGCGCUACCUGGCCAACUACUGUCAGUGCCCGUUCCCCCUGAGCAAGAGCCUGAACGGCCCCAACCAUGCUAUCCUGCAGACACUGGUCCACUCUUUGGACCCCUACGGCACACCCCAGCCCUGCUGCGUACCCAUCCGCCUGUCACCUGUCUCAAUGCUCUACUAUGACAGCAAUGACAACGUAUUCCUACGCACCAACCAGGACAUGGUGAUGGAUGACUGUGGCUGCAGAUGA